AUGGUAAAUAUAUAUUUAAAAAGAAAUUAAUCAUGGAUUUUUUUUUAGAUCCACUGUAUUUUUAUUAACUUUCUUCGAAUUCUGAAGCUAACAGUACCACAAGGUAACGAUCGUGUGUGGUUUGGACGACAGGCUGAAUUGUCUUUUCUGCAUGUCGUAUUUGUAGCCUCCUCUCACAGUUAGCAUACUGCACAGCCUGUAUUUAUCAGUCCAGUCAUGUUCCUCCGCACUUCCAUCCAUUGAAAAGGUCCGGUGUCUUCCUGUUUUUUCCUCCAGGAGAUGAAUGAAUGAAUGAAAGGAACAGCAGGGUUUCAUGAGAGCGCAGCUAUAUUUGCAAGUCAUGUAUCUGUCGUGCGAAGCAGUCUGGUAGGCCUACUUAUGUCCAUUACAAUUCUGUGUACAUCUAAAACGUUAACAGUUUAGCUAAGCAAGUGGUACUUUUCUAAUAUGUGCAGCAAGUAUCUAGUGACUCUUUCAUGAUGUUGUGGUGUCUGGCUCUUAACAAUGAACCCCUUUUUCACAGUUACCUUAAGGCCUUUGCUUUCCAGCUGUCUUCAACAUGUGAUGAGCCUCAUUUAGUAUUUUAUUAGGCAUGGUUUGAAUUAUGUAAAGUAUUUUACAACGUGCCUUUUUGUUUUCUUUCUCCAGCGUGAGUGCAUCUCAGUACAUGUUGGUCAGGCCGGUGUCCAGAUCGGUAAUGCCUGCUGGGAGCUAUACUGCCUUGAACAUGGGAUCCAGCCGGAUGGACAGAUGCCCAGUGACAAGACACUGGGAGGAGGAGAUGAUUCCUUCAACACCUUCUUCAGUGAGACUGGAGCUGGAAAGCACGUCCCCAGAGCUGUUUUUGUAGACCUGGAGCCCACUGUCAUUGGUAAAGUGAAACUAAAGAACCACAGACAACUAUUCUUAAAGUGUUACCUCAUGCACUCAAACCCCCCUUUUCUUUUUUUCUUUGUCUGAUUCUUCUUUAAGAUGAAGUGCGCUCUGGAACCUACCGCCAGCUGUUCCACCCAGAGCAGCUGAUCACUGGAAAGGAGGAUGCUGCCAACAACUACGCCCGUGGACACUACACCAUCGGCAAAGAGCUUAUUGACCUGGUGCUGGACAGAAUCCGCAAACUGGUGGGUAGAAAAAACUGUAUUUUAAUUUGACCCCAUAGAUCAAAUCAAAAUUCCAAUUGUACUGAUUUGCUCACUCUCUCUCUGUCCUCAGGCUGAUCAGUGCACUGGCCUUCAGGGCUUCCUGGUCUUCCACAGCUUUGGAGGUGGUACCGGCUCUGGUUUCACCUCCCUGCUGAUGGAGCGUCUGUCUGUCGACUACGGCAAGAAGUCCAAGCUGGAGUUUUCAGUUUACCCAGCUCCCCAGGUGUCCACUGCUGUGGUGGAGCCCUACAACUCCAUCCUGACCACCCACACCACCCUGGAGCACUCUGACUGUGCUUUCAUGGUGGACAACGAGGCCAUCUAUGAUAUCUGUCGUAGAAACCUUGAUAUUGAGCGACCAAGUUACACCAACCUGAACAGGUUGAUCAGUCAGAUCGUGUCCUCCAUCACUGCGUCCCUACGUUUUGAUGGGGCCCUCAAUGUUGAUCUGACAGAGUUCCAGACCAACUUGGUGCCAUAUCCCCGUAUCCACUUCCCUCUGGCCACCUACGCCCCUGUCAUCUCAGCCGAGAAGGCUUACCAUGAGCAGUUAACAGUGUCAGAAAUCACCAAUGCUUGCUUUGAGCCUGCAAACCAGUUGGUCAAAUGUGACCCUCGCCAUGGCAAGUACAUGGCCUGCUGCCUUUUGUACCGUGGUGAUGUGGUUCCCAAAGACGUAAACGCUGCCAUCGCCACCAUCAAGACCAAGCGCACCAUCCAGUUUGUGGACUGGUGCCCCACUGGUUUUAAGGUGGGCAUCAACUACCAGCCUCCCACUGUGGUUCCUGGUGGUGACCUGGCCAAGGUCCAGAGGGCCGUGUGCAUGCUGAGCAACACCACUGCUAUUGCAGAGGCCUGGGCCCGUCUGGACCACAAGUUUGACCUGAUGUAUGCUAAGCGUGCCUUUGUUCACUGGUACGUGGGUGAGGGUAUGGAAGAGGGUGAGUUCUCAGAGGCCAGAGAGGACAUGGCAGCUCUGGAGAAGGAUUAUGAGGAGGUGGGAGCUGAUAGUCUGGGGGAGGAAGAGGAUGAGGGAGAGGAGUAUUAA